AUGUGCGUGCCGGACGUGCGCCUAUGCAGAGCCUGCGGCGACAAGCGUCCCUACUGGUGGACCAAAUGCCUUGCCUACCGGCGCACCGAGCGCAAAGCCUGUACCGAAGGCUACCCCACGCCCUUUCCGCCGACUAGAUGCCCCGUGUAUCUUCACAAGCCCCAGAUCGGCAAGCAAUGGCCGUACAUGUAUCCCUCCUUCCAAUGCCCCAACACCAAAUGCCCCGACAGAGUCAACGCGCCAAUGAUACUGGCCAAAUUAGAGCGCGCCAGGCUCGACAAGAAGCGACGAGAUGAGGAGCUCAAACAGGUGGAGGAGCUUCGCAAGGAGGAGUUUGCGAGAAAGUACUUCAAGAAGAAAGUGGUCUUGACCUAUCCCGAGCGCGUACGCCGCAUCGAAGCCCUCGAGCAGCAGAAGCGGGCCGGAGAAGAAGCCAGAGAGACGGAGCAGAAGCGUAUCUACGACGAGUGGCUUGCAGAGAAGCAGCGCGAAGUCCAGUAUCACGACGAAAUGCGCAACAUAGAAGAAGGGCGCGUGGGAAAAGAGGACAACCCUGAGCUGCAGUUCACCGUCUACGACGACGAUGACCAUGCGUGGACCGACUCGGCCAUUGCGUCUGAAGACGAAGACUACCUAAUCGACGACCAGCAGAGCCCUGUCAUUAGCGCUACCUCGCUUGUUGAUAUGAAGAGGGGAGUGUACUCGCUGGCAGAGCUACAGAAGACGGGGCGCAUGGACUGA